UUCCACUGUGGCAGACAAAAAGCAUAAAGCCAGUUUUCCUCACCUCCCGCCCACUCAGCUGAUUCACACCAGACGCAGCCUCUGCUGCUCAGAACUAAUGUCGACACACAACAAAGUAUUUAGUCUGUUGUGCAUCGGGUCGACACACAGGACUGAGAGGUGAAUGAAACACAAUUAGCAUGGAUACUGAAGUGGGCGAUGACUACUACUACUACUACCAUGACAACAUCAGCUUCAACUUCAGCUACGAUGACUACCCCACCAUAUGCGAGAAGGCGGACAUCCGAUCCUUUGCCGGCUACUUCCUCCCCAUCAUGUACGCCAUGUGUCUGGUGGUGGGACUGGCGGGAAACGGCUUAGUCGUGAUCGUGUACGCCUACCACAAACGCCUGAGGACCACGAUGGAUGCAUUCCUGACCCACCUGGCUGUGGCCGACCUGCUCCUGCUCUUCAUGCUGCCGUUCUGGGCCGCUGACGCUCGGAGGGGCUGGGAGCUUGGGUUGGUCGUGUGUAAGGUGGUGUCGGCUUGCUACACAGUCAACUUCACCUGCUGUAUGCUGCUGCUGGCCUGCAUCAGCCUGGACCGCCACUUGGCUAUAGCCAGGGCGCAAGGGAAGGACCAAGGAAGCUGGCUGCAGAGGAUGUUUUGCAGGAGACACUGUUGGAAGGUGUGUUUCGUCGUCUGGGCAACCGCUUUCAUGCUUGGUCUUCCUGAUUUAAUUGUCUCCGAGGUGAGGUGGGGCUCUAAUCGGAGCGUCUGCCUGGCAGUCUACCCUCCGUCUAUGGGCAGAGGAGGUAAAGCUGCCCUGGAGAUAGCAGAGGUGCUGCUGGGCUUCCUGGUUCCCCUCUUGGUCAUGGUGAUCUGCUACUGGAGCAUGGCCCGAGCGCUGAAGGGUCUCCCUGUAGAAAGCAGAGACAAGAAGUGGAAAGCUCUGCGUGUUCUUCUAAUAGUGGUGGGAGUGUUUGUGGUCACACAGCUGCCUUACAAUGUGGUGAAAGUCUACCGAAUGAUGGACUCGGUCUACGCUCUGGUGACCCACUGCGGGACAAGUAAAGUGCUGGAUAAGGCGGUUCAGGUGACGAAGAGCCUGGCCCUCACUCACUGCUGCCUCAACCCCAUCCUCUACACCUUCGUGGGCUCGUCCUUCAGGCAGCACCUGACCAAACUGGCAAAGAGGUUUGGUGAGGGGAGAAGAAAGAGGAGGACGAGGAGAAAAGACAUGUCUGCAGAGGGGGAAGGGAUGGAGAUGUCAUUUAACUCCCACAGCGCAUCUCAAGCAACAAACACUUUCUCAAUAUGAGUUACUAGUGUGCAACAAUGAACAUCUUCACAUGGAUCACAUAUUUAGUAUAAGUAGCAUAAGAGUAGAAAACAGCAGCAUUGGAAACGUGUGAAACCCAUUAAGUACAAAAAUGUAUAUCCCUCGACGUCAAAAAUAAGAGGUUGGUAUUUUAAAUGUAUUUGCUGUAUUAAUGUAUAGCUUCAAGCAACUAUAUUUUUUCUGUCAAGUGAGUAAUGAAUGAAAAACAUGUCUUUAAUGUUUGUUUGGACUGUUUUUAAUUAUUUUUUUAGUCUAGAGUCUAGAGAAUUUAGUCUAGAGAAUCAGAAAUAUGUGUUUUUUGUCCAGAAAUACUAUAAAAUACUCUGGAUAUCAGUAUUCACAUUAAUACUGUGUGAUACUGUGUGUGACCUGUAUACUCGUGAGCGCAUACACUACCUAAGUAUUCAUGAUUGGAAGUAUGGGUGCUAGGACAGGACUUUUGAUUCCAUGCCAUUUACACCAAACUAUUUACUUCCACUUUUCCUCCCACUGUGGCCCCUGAUCUCUUAGCUUAGACCAUGACUUCCAGAAAAUGAGAUUAAAUUGAAACCCAGUGGGAUUUCACUCCCUCUCAUGUGGUUAAGUCUCAAUUUUGUUGCUUCCUGGAUUCCUGAAGCCUCCUUUCUGAAUAUUUGAAACACAUGUACACCUCACAUUUUCCUGCAAGCAGAAAGCCAAACUCCACAAGAGAGUAAAAAACAACCUCUUUGUGAGAAGAUGAUUAAACCACUAAAAUAUUGUAUUUUCAUUGAUGCAAAUCUUGUUUGAUCAUUACAGAUGUUUUCCUUUAACACUAAUGAUGUUGUUCUUUUCCAAACCAGUUUAAAGAUCCACUUGUUACUGUAAGUUCAACAUAAAUACCAACUACAUAGUUUAAUGAGUGUGUUUUAAAAUCCCAAUAUUAGAUGCACUGUUUUGCUGUUUGUUAUGUCUGUGUCCCAGCUGGUAAAGAUGAAGUGAUUCUUCAAGUCAUGCUCUGGCAUGUGCGUCGUCUCAUGUGGAAACCAUUUCACUGAGAUUUACCAUCUGCUACACUGAGUGUUUCAAAGGUCUAUAAUAAACAAAACAGAAACCAU